AUGUUACUUGUUGAAGUAGCCAAAAUAAGGUUGCAAGCGUAUAGGGAUGAAGAAUGGGAUUCUCUUAUUGCUAGGGUGUCUUUGUUUUGUAUCAAGCAUGAAAUUUUGGUACCUAACUUUGAGGAGCCAUAUGUUAGCUCUUUAAGAUCACGAAGGAGACUUGGUGACAAUAAAGUCUGUCAUCAUUAUCGUGUUGAGGUAUUUUGCAAUAUUAUUGAUUGGAAACUUCAAGAACUUAAAGAUCGUUUUGGCGAAGCAACGACUGAUUUGCUUCAUGAAAUUUCUUGUUUGAAUCCAAUUGACUCGUUUUCAAGUUUUGACAUCAGGAAAAUAAUGAAAAUGGCUAAAUUAUAUCCUAAUGACUUUAAUGAAUUCAAUAUGGGUUCUCUUGAGAAUCAACUUCUAAGUUACAUUAUUGAUGUUCGUGAUGUUGAUGAAAGGUUCUCCAAUCUAAAAGGGCUUUGUGAUCUUUCGAAAAAAUUAGUUCAGACAAAGAAGCAUUCAAAUUAUCCUCUUGUAUUCCGCUUAGUGAAACUUGCUUUGCUUCUGCCGGUUGCCACUGCAUCUGUUGAAAGAGCUUUUUCAACAAUGAAGUUUAUCAAGAAUGACUUGCAGAGUCAAAUGAGUGAUGAUUUUUUAGCGUUUUUUGGUGCCUUAUCUAGAAAAAGAUGUAUUUAA